AUUUAUGCCCCGUUUUGUGGCCGGCUUGUUGAUUUUGCUGCCCCUUUUACUUUUAUUUCUAUUUUUAUUGACCAUUACAAUUCUACACAAGCAUGGGGGCAGAGUUCCUCACACCAACCGCACGAUUUGAGGCACAAAUUUUAUAUGGGAUAAUUCGGUUCGCCCCUGUGAGCAUGCAUUAAAAGUGCCCAAAUAGCGCCAAAUUGCUCGUAAGCAGCGGAAAUUGCGUUACGCCCACUUCAAAUCCAGACGGACGGAAAUCAGACAAAAGCCUAGCAUACUUUACCCAGCAUUAACCAUUUCGCAACAUGGCCAUUAAAACACAUAGCCACUUAGACAACUCCCAAACAUUUGGGCACGGAAAGCAUUUCAAUGACCAGACAACAACUGACAGACGAAUAAAACACGGCCAUUAUGCAGCCUCUGUCUGGCAUGGAUUUUGUAAAAGUUGAACCUUGCUUUCGGCCACAAAAAUCUAUGGAAAUCACUGGCUAACUAACCACAACACCUCUUCCCAGGAAAGUGCCAUCAAAUUCCCAAUAAAACACCUAUCCAUAUGCACCACUAAUGGCCAACUAUGCUUAGCCAUGCAUAAACUGUAUAUAUUUCCUUCUAAGCCAGUUCCUGUUACUGAAUAGCUUUCGAAAAUAAAUUUCAUCGGCAGUCAGGAAAAAUAUGCACCAAUUACUACGCAUUUUCCAAGUGGAAAACGUGCCUGAGUGCAGAGCCGUCCAGAAUAGUGAAAAGUAAUAAAAUCGCUUUUUCAUGCAUUUAAGUCAGUAGAAGAAGAGGAAGUAUGCCUAUGGCCAAAAAUAGUCUGUUGUCUGAAUGCACACACGUGCCCACGAGCCGGCCAGAACAAAGGGCCAGGCCAGAAAAGCCGGCCUAAACGGUAUAUAAGCACCAGUGGCUCAACUCAUUGAUCAACAAGCACGAUGGAAGUGAAACAACUGCUCCUAAUCGUAGUCAUCGGACUGGGAUUGGUGCUCCUGUCCCAUGCGGACUGCCCGCUCUCCAGGGCAAUGAUCGAGGGCACCAAUAGGAUCUUUACGAACCGCAAUGCCGCCGGCCAGUACGAACUGAAGCGUCUGCAGAGGGUCCGCACCAACGAGGUGCUCCACAUGAUCUGCCAGCCUAACGACAUUGUCCAGACGACCUGUCAGCGGACGCACAACAACUUCAGCAGGCCAUUCCCAAUGCGCUGCCAAAGACCACUGGCUGCCUCGGCCACGGCAGUUACGGAUACCUCCUGUCCAGCUACCAUGUACUCCGUGGGCUAUACCAUCAACAAUCGGCGUUUGGAGCUCUACCGCGCCUGCUACGAUCGCAAUGGAGUUCGGGCCAGGUUUACUACCCACUCCGUGUACCACAAGACCUUCUUUCCUCAACGACCAUGUGCGGAUUUCUCCAGGGACGGCGUGCUCAGCGAGGCCGAUACCCAAAGCUUCCUGCCUCGCAGCAUUUACCGUGCAUUCCGCACCAUCUUCGGCAAUAACCAGAGGUAUAUUCCCAACGAACGCGAUGUGAUCAUCAAUCGGGGACAUCUGACCCCAUCGGGAGACUACCUCUAUGGAGACCAGAUGUGCGCCACAUUCAAGUACGUCAAUGUGGCACCCAUGUUCAAGAGCAUCAACGAUCGCAAUUGGGAGACCAUCGAGCGGUGGAUUCGAACUCGCAUAAGUGCCGGCGGAUCGCUGAGGAUCAAGACCGGGACUAAUGGCGAUCUGCACCUUCCUGACAAUCGGGGACGCCAGCGUCGCAUUAUCCUGGGCGCCGGCACCAAGAACAUAAUGCCCCUGUGGCUCUACAAGGUGGUCCGCACCUCCUCCAAUGCACCGCACAGUGUUUUUAUCACGCUGAACAACAUCUUCGCCAGAACCCGACCUCCGGCUCCAGCUUUCUGCACCAGCAUCACCUGCCCCAUGGCCCUGGAGAGUGUGGCAGCUGCUGGAUGGACUUACUGUUGCAAUGCCACCACUUUCGCCCUUUAAAUCCACGCGUCAUGACAAUAAAUAUAUCUCAUAUCAGCAAAACAAAGCGGCGCUUUAAUGUAUUCCAGUG